CCAGAGUCCAGAUCACUAUCUCUGUCUCACACUUUCGCAUCAUCAGUUUAAAGAAUAAAAAUGGCGGGAGAGGAAGACCCGAACCCUAGAUUCUUUGUCGCAGUUCAUGUUGGCGCAGGUUUUCACGCUCCUUCCAACGAAAAGGCCCUCAAGGGAGCCAUGAAACGGGCUUGCCGUGCAGCAGCAUCAGUUCUUCAAAAGGGUUCAGCUGGAUGCAUUGAUGCUGUUUCAGCAGCCAUUCAGGUACUGGAGGAUGAUCCAAGCAUUAAUGCAGGCUGGGGUUCAAACUUGACGGAGGAUGGUCAUGUUGAAUGUGAUGCUAGUAUUAUGAAUGGUGACUCUGGAGCAUUUGGAGCUGUUGGCGCCGUACCAGGUGUACGAAAUGCCAUCCAGAUUGCUACUUGCUUGGCCAAGGAACAAAUGAUGGGACCUUCUUUGCUGGGUCGAAUACCUCCAUUCUUCUUGGCUGGUGAAGGUGCUCGUGAAUGGGCAAAGACUAAGGGUAUUGUUUGCGCAGGGACAGUAACAGAGGCUGAUCAAUGGCUGGUGACUGAGAGGGCAAAAGCACAAUGGCUAAAAUACAAAGCAAUGCUAGAUGAUGCCAAAGCAAGACGCAAAUUUUCUGCUUCAGAACUUCCAUCAAGUCCUCAAGAGACUGCUGCAUUGCAAACAAUAUCAGAAGUAGAAGUUCAAGCAUGUGAUCUUGCUGAAGGAACCAACAAUGGGACUGGUCAACCAUCUGAGUUGAAUGCUUCUGAAGAAGACCGCAUUAUGGAUACUGUGGGAGUUAUUUGUGUUGACAACAAUGGGCAUAUAGCUUCUGGAUCUUCAAGUGGUGGUAUAGUGUUGAAGGUUAGUGGGCGUAUUGGAUUAGCUGCAAUGUAUGGCUCAGGUUGUUGGGCAUCUUCGAAAGGUCCCUUUGGGGUCCCUUUCAUAGUCGGUUGUUGUGUGUCUGGUGCUGGAGAGUACCUAAUGAAAGGAUUUGCUGCUCGUGAGUGCUGUGUCUCAUCAUCACUGUCACAAGCGGGUCCUGUGUCUGCUUGCACAAAAGUACUACACUCUAUUCUGCAGGAAAGCAAUCAACAAUGUGCUGAUAAAAGUGCUGGUAUUUUAAUUGUGCAAGCUGAUGCUCCUACUAUGGUACCAGGAAACUCAUCAAAGCUCAAAGCGGUAGAGAUUGCUGCUGCCUACUCUUCCUUGUCAUUUGGAAUUGGUUAUUUCGGGAACUCCAUGGAUCGACCAAAGGUUUCAAUUCUCAGAAACACAAAAAAGCAAACCACGAUUGGGGUUGAACAAUUUGCAGCUCGAAUUGAUCUUACUGAGACGAAAUCCAUGUGACGGGAAUUCAAUAUGAUGGUGCAUUCCAGAAAAAGCUUCUGAUUUAGAAGAGAUGCAAAGCGUGCAAAUAUCUGCUCAGGGACAAUGAUAUUGCUGUUUUCGAAUAUGAAAAAACAUCUCUGGCAAUUUUC